AUGUUCGGAACAAGCACUAAAUCAAACAAUCACUUCAAUCGUUCGGCCUCGACAACCUUGCCCGACACGUGCGUUCCAUCCGCUGGAGUCAACUCUGGCAUUGAACUGAUCCACCCCCAGCCUGGAUUUCAAGAGCCGUUUGAAGUGUUUUGUGAUCAAAAGUACAAACAUGGCGGAUGGAUCGUGAUUCAGAGACGUUACCAAGGAUCCGUAAAUUUCUUUCGAGGAUGGCAGGACUACGAGCGGGGAUUCGGCAACAUGAACGGUGAAUUUUGGUUUGGCUUGCGGAAGAUUCACGAGCUGACCUAUUCCAACCGGUACGAACUUCAGGUGCUUCUGGAGGACUGGGAUGCAACUCGAGCUGUUGCUCGCUUCAGUCACUUUCUGAUAGCGGGACCAGAGGAAAAAUACAAACUGUUGAGCCUGGGCACAUACAGUGGCAACGCCGGAGAUUCGCUGGGUUACAAUCUCAACGCGAAGUUCAGUACGUUUGAUGUGGAUAAUGAUUACAAUAAUAAUUGUGCCCAAGAAAGGUUGGGUGCUUGGUGGUAUAAAGGUUGUUCCUAUGGGACCACCCUACAAAUUUCCAGUGAUAGUGAGCCCGACACGCUUCAAAUCCCGUCCGAAGUGUGA